CCUGUCUCAGCAGGCAGCGGCUCUAGGAGGCUGCUAAUAACAUUGCCAGAUUAGCUGCAACUUCUUGCUCCCAGCCUAACCUUUUAUUGAACUAAUCCUACAUUCGAGUUUUCUUUUUUUGUCUCUAUAGGAACGGUUUAGAAACCAUCCGUUCCGAGUGUUGUUUUCUUUUCUUUAAGGAAAGAGCUGGGGGGAAGGGUAGAUGCGGCAGGUUGGAAUAUGCAAUUAUAGUCUCUUUCUUAGCAAGCAGAUCAGUCUCCUCCACCAAAAAAAAAAAUGCAGUAGAAUAAGGUCGGGGGCUUGCUCCUUCGUCUCUCUCCAAAAGUACGCUUUCCUUCCUGAGUGAAAGGCAAAUCUUUCGGUUUCUGCACACACUCGAACGCUGUGUGAUUCUGCCCGUUUUGUUCUAAGGCUGCACAAAACAGCGCGAGGGGGGAGGUUGUUCCUGCGACAACAGCAAGUUUUAAGCAAGCUCAGCUCAGAAACGAACUUUGUCUAUGCUUUAAAAAAAAAACCUAAAGACGGGACACAGAAAGUUCGCCGCAGGCGAAACUGCUGCAGCGGCUGCUAACUGCUGAUCUAAUCUUGCCGAGUGGCGGAGGGGCUGGAAAAGGGAGGACUUGGAGCUAGGCGGCAGUCCGCUGCAUUAGACUUUAUUUACAUACACAAAUCGCAAUAUACCGAGCCUGCCUGUGCCGGAGGGCUGCACGCUUGCGAAAGACUCCUCCUAGGUUGAAGAACCCGGGAGAGCGGCGAAAGGUUGGUCGAUGUUUUUCCACGGGCGGAUCAGCGUGUGGCUGAAGUCUCGGGGAGCUUGGCACCGUUGGCUGAACCAACAGCAUCUGAUUUCUCCGGGGAGACCUUCCCGGGUGUGUUUGAGUGCUCCUCCGACCCGGCCUAUCGUGGACAUGUCCUACUCGCGCCACUUUAUGGAUUUCCAGGGCUCGUCCAUUCCCACUUCCAUGAAGAAACUGGUAGUGACUAAACUGAAUCCAAACUUCCGAGAAGCUGUUUCCCUUCGCCACGACGCGCCCGUGCCGCUCCCGGGAGACGGCGAUCUGCUUGUUAGAAACAGAUUUGUUGGCAUAAAUGCAUCUGAUAUUAACUACUCAGCUGGCCGGUAUGACGUUUUGGUUAAGCCUCCAUUUGAUGUAGGUUUUGAAGGGAUUGGUGAAGUGGUGGCCUUAGGCUUAAGUGCAAGUGCAACAUACACUGUAGGCCAGUCUGUGGCCUACGUAAGAUCAGGAGCUUUUGCUGAAUAUAUAGUUGUGCCUGCUAAAGAAGCCAUUCCUGUACCUUCUAUGAAACCAGAGUUUCUGACUCUUCUGGUAAGUGGAACUACAGCAUAUAUUAGUCUGAAAGAACUUGGAGAAUUGUCUGAAGGAAAGACAGUUCUGGUGACAGCAGCAGCUGGAGGCACUGGCCAGUUUGCUGUGCAACUUUCAAAGAAAGCAAAAUGCCAUGUAAUAGGAACUUGCUCCACUGAUGAAAAAUGUGCUUUUCUGAAAUCUAUUGGCUGUGAUCGGCCUAUCAACUAUAAAACUGAAAAUAUUGCUGCUGUCCUCAAAAAUGAGUACCCCAAAGGUGUGGAUGUUGUGUAUGAAUCAGUUGGUGGAGAAAUGUAUGACUUGGCUAUCAACUCCUUGGCUAUCAAAGGUCGUCUGAUCAUUAUUGGGUUUAUUUCUGGCUACCAAACACUUACUGGCCUUCCACGAAAUCAAACAGAAAUGCUACCAGCAAAGUUGCUAAAAAAAUCAGCCAGCAUCCGAGGUUUUUUCUUAAACCAUUACCUUUCUGGUUACCAAAUGGCUAUGAAACACUUGGUUGAAAUGUGUGAAAAGAGAGAAAUUGUUUGCGAGGUGGACUUUGGAGACCUGUCUCUAGAGAACAAGUUUACUGGCUUAGAGUCAGUGUUCCGUGCUAUAGAUUAUAUGUACAUGGGGAAAAACAUUGGAAAAAUUGUAGUUGAAUUACCUCACUCUGUCAACAGUAAGCUGUAAAAACAGAACAAUGACAUAAAUCAAAACAGAGCAAAUGGGCAUUUUAUGCUUGGCGAUAAUGCUUUAAUUUCUUUAAAGCUGGCAAAGGGUAACAUAUUAAAAUAGCAAAACAGUAUUUUGAUUUGUUUAAGAGGUUUUGUGGGGUUUAAAAAUGCAGUUUGUAGCUGGUAUUACAUUUACUUUCACAUGUUUUGGUAUGGAGAUUUUCAAUUUCCAACUUGCAGUGGAUUUGAAUAUAAUUCUAAGCAAGUGCAAAAGUGUUACAAAUUGAUGUCAUACCUCCCUUCUGGAACUCAAUAUGUGAAGGCAUAUGGAGCUGCAAUCUUACGCAGUUUGAAUAAGAUGAAGCCCAUUGUCCUUAAAAUGGAUUAGUAGCCACUUUAGUAGACGUGCUUAGGAUCAUGCAGCAAUCCUAUAUGCAUCUUACACAGAAAUAUGCCACACUGAUAUUCAGAUAGAUUAUACCUAUAAACGUCUGUAUGGGACUGCACUAUUAAACUAUAUUUGAGAUUUGGGAUACAUACAAUCUGCAAAGACAUUGUGAUAAUAAUGAUACUCUGUAAACUUUUUUUUCUACAAAGCUUAUUCUAUAUAGCACAUUUUUAUUCUAGUAUGAACAUGUAUGAUCUCUUUAUAGAUGUUGAUUGAAAAUGAUUUUUUUAACUUUUGAAUCAACGUUGCCAGCUUAUUUUAAUUUUUUGUUAUAUUUUGGGACGUUUGGGUAUCUUAUAAAAUUAUAUUUGAAUUAUUAUCUUGCCAUUGCACUCAUUUAUUACUAGAACUUUUCUAAUGUUAUCUAACUUUUUUAUAUUCUGUUGAAGAUAAAUAAUCCAGGAAUUUUCAGAUUAAUGAAAUGCAUUAGAAGAUAUAUGCUGUAUCUCUGAAAAUGGAAAUGGUACAGAUUAAAAUGUUGGAUUAGAAUGUCAUCAGUAUAUAGAAUGUAUUUGGUGUUUCAAUCAAAUGUCAUUUCUGUAAGAGAUGGUAUUGUACAAUUCUGACUAUAAGCAUUAAAAUUAUUUUUUUGCAGUUAA